CUAACAUUUAAAAUAUGUGGAGAAAUUAAUCUGCGAAAAGCAUGUGUAUACUGAUGCUAUGGAAUGAAAGGGUGUUCAUUUAGAGAUGAAGAAAAUGAUCAGCUGGAAGGUGGAAAUGAUCAGACAUAACCUUCUUUCUGGAAGCUGAUAUGUGAUUUAGCUUUAGGAGGUUUUCCAUAUAAUUUCCAUACAAUUUUGUGAUUUUAGGAAUUGUCACCUUGGUUUAACAGAAGGUGAUAAAGUAAGAAGGAGAGAUGGGAAACCCAGAAAACAUUGGAGAUGCAUAUGUUGCUGUGAUCCGUCCAAAAAAUACUGCUAGCCUCAAUUCUCGGGAAUAUCGAGCUAAAUCCUAUGAAAUUUUGCUGCUUGAAGUUCCCAUUGAAGGCCAAAAGAAAAAAAGAAAGAAAGUUUUGCUGGAAACUAAACUUCAAGGAGGCACUGAGAUAACCCAGAGCAUCUUGGAUUAUGUAUUAGAAGCCACCAAACCAAUUUCACCAGCCAAUCAGGGUAUUAAAGGAAAACGUGUGGUGUUAAUGAAGAAGUUUCCUCUAGAUGGAGAGAAGGCAGGCCAGGAGGCAUCUCUUUACAUUGUUCCAACUGUUGUGAAAGAUAAUACAAAAUAUACAUACAGUCCUGGAUGCCCUGUGUUCUACUGUUUACAAGACAUCAUGAGAGUCUGCAGUGAAUCCAGCACGCACUUCGCUACGCUUACUGCAAAAAUGUUAAUUGCCUUGGAUAAGUGGUUGGAUGAACGGCACACACAGUCUCACUCCAUCCCAGCUUUAUUCAGACCAUCUCCUCUUGAGAGAAUUAAAACAAAUGUAAUAAACCCUGCCUAUGCUAUAGAACCUGGUCAAACAGAGAGCUCAUUGCACAUGGGUUAUACUGCCCUGGAAAUAAAGAGUAAAAUGCUGGCAUUGGAGAAAGCAGAUAUGUGUAUCUAUAAUCCUUUGUUUGGAUCUGACCUUCAAUAUACCAAUAGGGUUGACAAGGUGGUAAUAAAUCCAUACUUUGGCCUUGGAGCCCCAGACUAUUCAAAGAUUCAGAUUCCUAAAAGAGAAAAGUGGCAACGUAGCAUGAGCAGUGUCACAGAGGACAAGGAACACCAGUGGGUAGAUGAUUUCCCUCUUCACCGCAGUGCUUGUGAAGGUGACUCUGAUUUACUAAGCCACCUUCUGGAUAAAAAGUUUUCUGUUAAUCAGUUGGAUAGUGACCACUGGGCACCAAUCCAUUAUGCAUGCUGGUAUGGAAAAGUUGAAGCCACUCGAAUGCUCUUGGAGAAAGGGAAAUGCAAUCCAAAUCUUUUGAAUGGUCAACUUAGCUCUCCUCUUCAUUUCGCUGCUGGAGGUGGGCAUGCUGAAAUAGUACAAAUUCUACUAAAUCAUCCAGAAAUUGACAGACACAUUACUGAUCAACAGGGAAGAUCUCCGCUGAAUGUCUGUGAAGAGAACAAACAAAAUGAGUGGGAAGAAGCUGCAAAACUACUGAAGGAAGCCAUAAAUAAACCUUAUGAAAAGGCACGAAUCUAUCGUAUGGAUGGGUCGUAUCGCUCUGUGGAGCUGAAACAUGGAAACAACACAACUGUCCAGCAAAUAAUGGAGGGCAUGCGCCUGUCUCAAGAAACUCAGCAGUACUUCACCAUCUGGAUCUGUUCUGAGAACCUCAGUCUCCAGCUGAAGCCAUAUCACAAGCCUUUGCAGCAUAUUCGAGACUGGCCUGAAAUAUUCACUGAACUGACAAACUUGGAUCCUCAAAGGGAAACUUCACAGCUUUUCCUGAGAAGGGAUGUAAGACUUCCACUGGAAAUAGAAAAAAAGAUUGAGGAUCCAUUGGCUAUUCUUAUACUUUUUGAUGAGGCCAGAUAUAAUUUACUGAAAGGUUUUUAUACAUCACCUGAUGCAAAGCUGAUUACACUGGCAAGUUUGCUUCUACAAAUAGUCUAUGGAAAUUAUGAGAGCAAGAAACAUAAGCAGGGCUUUCUAAAUGAAGAAAACCUUAAAUCUAUCGUACCAAUAACUAAACUAAAAAGCAAAGCUCCUCAUUGGACAAACAGGAUACUUCACGAAUACAAGAAUCUCAGCACCAGUGAAGGUGUCAGUAAGGAGAUGCAUCACCUUCAGCGCAUGUUCUUGCAGAAUUGCUGGGAAAUUCCUACUUAUGGAGCAGCUUUUUUCACAGGACAGAUAUUCACCAAAGCAAGUUCAAGUAGCCAUAAAGUCAUCAAAGUGUACGUAGGAGUAAACGUAAAAGGGCUGCACCUCCUCAACAUGGAAACUAAGGCUUUGCUCCUCAGCCUCAAGUAUGGUUGCUUUAUGUGGCAGUUGGGAGAUGGAGAUACAUGCUUUCAAAUCCACAGUCUGGAAAACAAAAUGAGCUUUAUUGUGCAUACCAAACAGGCAGGACUCGUUGUAAAACUCCUGAUUAAAUUAAAUGGCCAGCUAAUGCCAACUGAAAGAAACGAGUGAUGGAAGUGAACAAUAGUUACGAGAUGGCAUCUGAUGGCUGAGCAAAAAACAACUUGUUCCUCCUCAUAACAGGACUUCCAUGUACGUGAAUUUUACACAGUAGAAAAGUCAAUUUGUACAGUUUUUUUUAACUUUGUACAGAAGCUGCAUGGUUUAUUUUUUUAAAAAAAACUAUACAACAUAUCUAUUAUUUUUAUAAAUAUUUUUGUGUUUCAUAUAUUAACUAUUGUAGGGCGUGAGCUUAACCAGUAAAGCUGAUGAAAUGUGAAUGGUUUACCGAGUUCAAUGAGCAUGAAUCCAGUAAAGCUUUUGUUCCCAGAGAAAUAUGGGACUACCAGUGCCAUAAAGCAAGUCUCAGUUAACCUAUUUACUGUUGUGUGGAACAUCAAGGAGAUGGUAUAUGUUGCAGUAUUUUGUAGAUACCCCGUAUUUUUAAGAUACUAUUGAUAAAUAUGCUUAAGAGACCAGUUAGACCAGUUAGACUGUUGAGCAACUACUUUUGAUAAACUCUUAUUUUUUAUUUGGUUUCUGACAAACAUUUGAGCUUACUUUAUUUUUACUCUUAACUUUCUCAUACUUUGUAUUCAUAUUUAUUCUAAAAUACUGCAUGAGGAUGCCAAAAGGGAAGUACUUUAAAUCAUUCAGAAGCCAUAUUGAAUGUUUAGCAUGCUUGUUUUGUAAAAUGGAUUUUUACUUCUGCUGUGCAAUAUAAAAUGUAUGUAUGGAGGAGAGGGAGACAGGGAUUUACAGAUGAACCUUACUCAGAGGACUUGAGAAAGUUUAAUAAAUCCUACCCUGGAUUGCAACACAUAUGCAGUAACAAAAACUCAUACAGGAGGUACUAAGUUAUUUCUCUUAAAUAAUUUUCCUACUGAUUAAUUCAGUUUCUUCAGGCUAAAAGCAGUGCAGGAUGCAGGAAUGAAGAUGACAAGGAAGUCAGAUACAGUCUGUAAGCAUUCUGCCUGCUCUUUGUAGAGUCAGGGUUGGGGCUCAACAAGUUGGGUCCCUAGUGUAAGAUGGGAUCCUAUGCAGUCUGAAACAUAUCCUUGUACAUUCAAAUAGUAUCUGUAACACAAAUCUUUGAAAUUUCUGGUUGUAUUUCAGGGUUUUAAGUGCACUUGACUAUUUCUUCCAUGUAAACUGCAUGCUAAAACAGUGUGCAAUAUUUUGUAAAAAAAAAAAAAAGCUUUUAUAAAAAAAUAAAAAUUAGCACUUGCCUCUAUGUUUUCAAAUAAAAGCUAAAAUGAAUGUGAAGAACUGUGCUGUUGUAACUUUACUCAUACCUUACUAGUAACUGCAGUUUAAGAAAUUAAAGUAUUAAACAUGAACAGGAGACUUGUAUUUUUUAUUCUUCUUAGCAAGCUGUACUUUUCUACUUAAACUUCACAGGCCUAAAUAGCAGUAAAUUUUCAUGGAUUGUUAUGCUUUAUUUAAGAUAAAUAAUGCAACAGUCAGGUCCUUCAUUGUGCAUCCCUGCUAUCAUUUGGCUCUGGUAUUAAAAAUACAUUUCUCUACAUAGCCCUUUCUUAGAAAACUAGAAGAAAAUGUUUGGAAGAUGUGUCAGUUGCCUAUAUAACUAUACUAUCAAUAUGCCUUAUUGCUGUGUAGUCCUUUC